AAUACUUGCGAGACCCACUUAACGAUAUCAGAGCUUCCUGAGCUCUCCAAAUAUCUUCAACUUCGAGUUAUUCCUCCACUCUUCCUGCAGUAAGCCAUGGACUCGUUCUUCACGCUCGCUACCUUCUCCUCUGCGCCCGUCUCUUCUGAAGAGACGCAAGCACAAGUACCGGUUGACCAAGAGCACUACAGCAAUGCCAACUGCUACUGCAUCAUCGCAUAAUCAGUAUCACGCAGGUAUGUUUAUUUUCUCCCUCCUUUGCUGCCCACGACUGAGUCUGUCGUUAGAGUAUCUAUUAGAUCACUAUAGCUCAUCUCUCGCAACCGUGUCAUUAUCACUGUAUAUCAUCAUUCACCUUCCUGCGCUGGUCAUCCAUUCGUUCGCGAAAUUCACCUCGUUCUGUCACAGUUGACGGUCAUUAUGUAUUGUGUUAUUUAUGGUUUUGGUGGACAGUAGUACUUACAUCCGGUAUGCCAAGGCUGCUGGGGAUCACAAGGAAUUUCGUGCAUUCACAUACCAUUGACUCAGUUACAAGUUACACUUUCCUUAACUUUCCGUUGUACGUACUUGAGCACUCAGGCCGUGACUCCCUCCGAAUAUCAAAUAUGUGCAGUUAUAACUUAGUUGGACUGUAAGCAUGCGGGCAGUGAAUCAACAACUAUCCUGACCACAAUGUAUUUCUCGACCUCGUUGAUACCAUC